AUUCAUUGUAUUUGCUAUCUGUUUAGCCUCAACCAAAGCCUUAUUAAUGACUGAAAGAAAGCUAUAAACUGAAGAAAAGAUCUCGUCUCACUUUACUACACUGAUAAACUAGUCAAUAACAGAAACAAAGCAAUCCGUUAUCCGAAUAAGGAUCAUGUCAAAUAGAAAUUAUUGCUUUAAUAUGUGGGAAAUAUAUUCAUUGAUUGUAGAUUUUUUGCACUAAGAUACUUACACAACGUUUGACGAAAAGACAUUGGCAAUGUAUGAACGAAAAUAAUUCAAAUGGCCGAAAGUGUUUCAAAAUAAUGUAAAAACUUCAUUUUUAUAAACUGCUUGCUCUGAAACUCUCUUCAUAAUGCUGAUGGGAAAAGUGUGUUACUUAUGAAAUAUGCUGUUUGAACAAUGUUUCUCUGAGAAAAAUAAUGGUUUGACUAAGCAAUUUCAUUAUUAGACAAACGUAAAUUUUUUUUUAAUUUGUUAGCCUGCUAAACAAUUAACAAUAGUAAUAGGUUAGGGUAACUAAACUUUUAUGAGGCAUAUUAGAUUAAUUUUUUGUUCACACUAGUUUAAAUUAUUCGUAUCUCUGUGUAUGUAAUAAAAUAUUUGCUCAAAAUUUCAACCUAUAAUAUGUAACUAUAUUUUUGCCUUAAGUCUGUAUCGUUAAACAUUCUUUAUAUUAUUAGUUUCUCUAAGGUUUGUGUUGAUCUUAAUCAUAUGAUAGCCAAAACAUAUAGUUACAGCCUUAAAAUUUGUUUUGAAUGCUACACUAAAUAAUCUAAGCUAAUAUGAUCAUUUACGAAGAAUAUACUAUAGAUUAUUGUAAAGCAUUUAAAAUGAUACACCAGUUAUGAUUUGUAAGCAAUAAUAAUAAUUUAAAUAUUUCUGUUACGUUUCUUUUUUCUCUGCAUUACAAAAUUAGCUUCAAAAUAAAUUUCUAGCCUUCGUUUCUUUACUUAUUAUUGAAAAAAUCAUAUUUCUUAUAAAAUAUUUUUUAGUUUUUUUUUAAAAUUUAAUUUAAUUGUUCUGAUAAAUUUACUAUUUAAAGCAUAAGUGAUUAUCAAAUUUCAGUGACAUUAUUUUCAACUUUAAUUAAUUACAGCAAUUUUAUUUAAAUCACACAAGUGAUAUUACAUGUGAUAUGAAAUGAACUAAGACUAAUAUUUCUAACUAUGAGAUGACUAUUCAUGAUAGUGAUAACGAGAAUAGUUAUGCAACAUGUAAUAAGAGUUUUUCAUAGACAAGUAAUCUAACUGACCGGCAGUUGGACUGAUACUGGUUAAUAACCUGACUUUUGUAAUAAACGUAAUAAGAGUUUUCAAUGGAGAAGUAAUGUGACUGAAUACAGUCAUGUUCAUUUUAGUGUGAAGCCUCAUUCUCAUAGCAUAUGCAAUAGGAAUUGUUCCCAUAAAAGUGACAUGACUGAACACUAUCGUGUUCAGACGGGUGAGAAACCUUUUUCCUGUAAUAUAUGUAAUAAGAGUUUUUCAAUUCGCAGUGGUCUGACUAGACAUAGUCGUGUUCACACUAGUGAGAAACCUUUUUCCUGUAGUAUAUGUAAUAAGAGUUUUUCAAUUCGUAGUGGUCUGACUAGUCACAGUCGUGUUCAUACUGGUGAAAAACCUUAUUCUUGUAGCAUAUGUAAUAAGAGUUUUUCACAUAGAAAUCAUCUGAUUGACCACAUUCAUGUUCACACUGGUGAAAAACCUUUUUCCUGUGAUAUAUGUAAUAAGAGUUUUUCACAAAAAAUUCAUCUAACUAUACACAAUCGUGUUCAUACUGAUGAGAAACCUUUUUCUUGUAGUAUAUGUACUAAGAGUUUUUCACAAAAAAUUCAUCUAACUAUACACAAUCGUGUUCACACGGGUGAGAAACCUUUUUCCUGUAGUAUAUGUAACAAGAGUUUUUCAAUCAGAAGUAAUCUGACUACGCACAGUUAUGUUCAUACUGGUGAGAAACUUUUUUCCUGUAGUAUAUGUAAUAAGAGUUUUUCAAGCAGAAGUUAUCUGACUACACACAAUCGUGUUCACAAUGGUGAGAAACCUUUUUCCUGUAGUAUAUGUAAUAAGAGUUUUAUAAACAGAAGUGAACUGACUGCUCACAGUCGUGUUCAUACUGGUGUGAAGCCUUAUUCUUGUAGCGUAUGCAAUAAGAGUUUUUCCCAUAGAAGUACAAUGACUAAACACUGUCGUGUUCACACCGGUGAGAAACCUUUUUCCUGUAACAUAUGUAACAAGAAUUUUUCAAACAGAAGUCAACUGACUGAACAUAAUCGUGUUCAUACUGGUGAAAAACCUUACUCUUGUAGUAUAUGUAAUAAGAGUUUUUCAUAUAGAAGUCAUCUGACUGAUCACAUUCAUGUUCACACUGGUGAGAAACCUUUUUCCUGUAGUAUAUGUAAUAAGAGCUUUACAAGCAGAAGUCAUCUGACUAAUCACAGUUAUGUUCAUACUGGUGAUAAACCUUUUUCUUGCAGUAUAUGUAAUAAGAGUUUUUCACAAAGAAAUUAUCUAACUAAACACAAUCAUGUUCAUACUGGUAAGAAAUCUUUUUCCUGUAGUAUAUGUAAUAAGAGUUUUUCAAGCAAAAAUUAUCUGACUAAACACAGUUAUGUUCAUACUGGUGAGAAACUUUUUUCCUGUAGUAUAUGUAGUAAGAGUUUUUCAAGCAGAAGUUGUCUGACUGCUCACAAUCGCGUUCACACUGGUGAGAAACCUUUUUCCUGUAGUGUAUGUAAUAUGAGUUUUUCACAAACAAGUACUCUAACUAAUCACAAUCGUGUUCACACUGGUGAGAAACCUUUUUCCUGUAGUAUAUGUAAUAAGAGUUUUUCAUACAGAAAUAAUCUGACUACACACAGUCGUGUUCAUACUGGGGAGAAACCUUUUUCCUGUAGUAUAUGCAAUAAGAAUUUUUCACAAAGAAGUCACCUGACUCAACAUUUUCGUGUUCAUGCGGCAGAGAAAACUUCUUGCAGUACAUAUAACAAGAGUUUUUCAAACAAAAGUCAUCUUAAAAGUCACAGUUAUAUUCAUACUGGUGAGAAACAUCUAUCUAUGUAGUUAGUAUAUGUAAUAAGAAUUUUUUGCAUUGCAGUCACCUGACUAAGCAUGUUUAUACUGGUGAGAAACCUAAUUCUUGUUGUAUAUGUAAUAAGAGUUUUUCACAAAGAGGUCAUCUGACUCGAUGCAGUCGUGUUCAUACUGGUGGCAAACCUUAUUCGUGUAGUAUAUGUAAUAAGAAUUUUUCACAUAGAAGUUGUCUGACUGAGCAUUUUUGUGCUCAUACUAGUGAGAAACCUGAUUCUUGUUGUUAUUUCUUUGAGAUUGUCUCUGUAAGGGAAUUUUAUGCUCACUGCUCUGUUCAUAUUGCUGACUAACUUUAUUUUUAUUCACAUGAUGUUUAAAAAAUAGUACAACCUGUUUAUAAGUAUAAUAUAAUUUUCGUAAGGAUAGUAUAACCUGAUAAAUAAACCUGUUCAUGAUUAUUUUCAUUUCACUUUGAAAUUUCACUAACAUUGUGUAACGAGUUUCAUAGAGAAAUAUUUUAACUGCCUGCUAAUUUGUCCAGAGCAACUACUACAAAUUAAAAGUUGUUUGUUGUAAGGUACCAAUUUUUUUAACUUGUAAUUCUGUUGGGCAAAGCUGAUAUUCAAUAUUAUGGGCUUAGAAAUUCGAGAAAUAGUUAUUUUACUGAGUAUCGUCUGAAUGUUAGGCUUUCUGGCUUCUGAAUCGUUAACUCCUUUUUGUUUGAAUGCAAACCAUAGUAUUCAUUUUAUGCCAUAUUUAACUAUUAAAAUAUAUUGUUUCUGAUUCAAAUUAAGGGUCAUCAUAACUUUUGCUAUUAAGUAGGAUAAAACACCCUUCAUAAUUCCAAUUAAGGGUUGCUAAUUUUUAAUUUACUCAGUCGAAGAGCAAGAAUACCAGGACCUUGGUCAUUUUUUUAUACUUUGAAUGAGAUUUGUAAAUGUUAAAUUUCUAAAUUUGUUUUCUGAUUAAGUUCUUUUAUAGUUCUGCAAGAAAAAAGUUCGCACCCCUUGUUAAUAUUGGUAAUAAAGGAUGAUUUUAUUAUUAAUAUUUUUUUUGUUGUUAUGUUAUUUUAUUUAGAAGGUCUCAAUGUUCAUUUUUAUGUGAAUUAACAAAGAGAUGUUAAGUUUUUCCCUCUGAUUCCUCUGAUGUAUAUAAGCUUCGAACCAAUAAACAUGAUUUUUUUUUCAACCUAA